CCUUUUCAGUUUCUUCCUUCCAUUCUAACAUUCUGCUUGCCAGGGAGUGGUUUUCCCUCGCUGAGCAACUUCAUAGGCUGAAGGGAUUUCGUGGGCUGGGUUUUUCCCUCAAACUGCCUCUGGAACCAGCACUGAGCUACUUGGUGCUGAAAAGACGUAGCAAAAAAAACGCCCGCAGACUGUUGCUUUCCUACCCACGGAAGAGUCCAACUGUGCUUUCUUUUCUUUUGCUGAACCACAGCAUGACUAUUUAACAAGCAGAAGAGGGCCAGGUGUUGCUUUUUAGAAGGACAAUGGGGCACUUCCCUCUCCUGGGGCACAAGCCCCUUGUGCGUAAGAGUAAACCUUUAAGAUGUCUCUCACCAAUAAAAAGCAAGUGAGCACUUCAGCACUGAGGAAAAUUGCUGCCGACAUGAGUACCUUAAUCGAAAGUCUGGACUCAAGGGAGCUGCAUUUUGAAGGGGACGAAUUGGAUAGUGAUGUGGUACAUGAUCCAAAAGCUCCUGUGGGCAUUCCAUUCUCAGCCAUUUAUAACACUAAAGGAUUUAAAGAGCCUCACGUGCAGCUCUACCUAACCGGGUGUCCCAUCCGAGUACGAGUUCUAGAAGUGGAGCGUUUUACGUCAACAACCAAGGUGCCAAGUCCACGUGUUUACACCAUUGAGCUGACUCAUGCGGAGUUUACAUGGCAAGUGAAAAGGAAAUACAAGCAUUUUCAGGAGCUGCAUAGGGAACUCCUUCGAUACAAAGCUUUUAUCCGAAUUCCUAUCCCAACACGGAGACACACUGUGCGGAGACAGACUGUCAAAAGGGGAGAAGCAAGACAAAUGCCGAGUCUUCCACGCACCUCUGAAAACAUGGUCAGAGAAGAUCAUCUCUCUAGUAGAAGAAAACAACUGGAAGAUUAUCUCACAAAUCUCUUAAAAAUGCCCCUAUACAAGAAUUAUCAUGGAACAAUGGAAUUCCUUGGUGUAAGUCAACUGUCAUUCAUCCAUGAUCUGGGACCUAAAGGCAUAGAGGGUAUGAUUAUGAAGAGGUCUGGAGGACACCGAAUUCCUGGCUUAAACUGUUGUGGGCAAGGAAGGCUAUGCUACCGAUGGUCAAAAAGGUGGUUAGUGGUAAAAGAGUCUUUCUUAUUGUAUAUGAAGCCAGACAGUGGAGCUAUUUCUUUCGUCCUCCUGGUUGAUAAAGAAUUCAGCAUAAAGAUUGGCAAGAAGGAGACAGAAACUAAAUAUGGGUUACGGAUUGAUAAUCUUUCCAGGUCACUGAUUUUGAAGUGCAACAGCUACAGACAUGCUCUCUGGUGGUGCCAAGGAAUAGAAGAAUUCAUUCAGAAAAAUGGCAAGAACUUCCUCAAACAUCACAGAUUCGGUUCCUACGCAGCCAUCCAGGAGAACACAUUAGCCAAGUGGUAUGUCAAUGCCAAGGGGUACUUUGAAGACAUAGCAAAUGCCAUGGAAGCUGCCAAGGAAGAGAUUUUCAUCACAGAUUGGUGGCUGAGCCCUGAAAUAUUUAUGAAGCGGCCUGUGGUCGAAGGCAAUCGCUGGAGAUUGGAUUGCAUUUUGAGGCGGAAGGCUCAACAAGGAGUGAAAAUCUUUGUGAUGAUCUACAAAGAACUAGAACUCACUCUGGGUAUCAACAGUGAAUAUACCAAAAGGACUCUAAUGCGCCUGCAUCCCAAUAUUAAGGUAAUGAGGCAUCCUGAUCAUGUGUCCUCUACUGUUUAUUUAUGGGCCCACCAUGAAAAGCUGGUGAUCAUUGACCAGUCCGUAGCUUUUGUUGGUGGCAUAGACUUGGCAUAUGGCAGAUGGGAUGACAAUGAGCACCGACUGACAGAUGUGGGCAGCGUAAAACGUAUGACAGCGACCAAAUCUGAGUCUUCAGUGGAUCUUUCUUCUUUAGCUGAAACUGUUCAACCUCAGGUGGAGACUCCAAUAACCACACCUCUUCAAGGAUGCAGUGACGAUGCCCCAGAAGUUUCAAGAAUGAAAGGAGUAGGGAGACCCAAGAAAUUUGCCAGAUUCAGCAUCUACAGACAGCUUCAUCGACAUACUAUGCAUCGUGCAGAUAGUGUGAGCAGUGUAGACAGUGAUUCUUGUAAAGGCUCGGUUCGCAGUUUGAAGACAGGGGUUGGAGAGCUUCUUGGUGAAACCAGAUUCUGGCAUGGAAAAGAUUAUUGCAACUUCGUCUUUAAAGACUGGGUCCAACUAGAUAAACCCUUUGCUGAUUUUAUUGAUCGUUACACCAUGCCAAGGAUGCCAUGGCACGACAUUGGCUCUGUAGUUCAUGGCAAAGCUGCACGGGAUGUAGCUCGGCACUUCAUUCAACGCUGGAACUUCACAAAGAUCAUGAAAUCCAAAUACAGGUCCCUUUCGUACCCUUUCUUGUUGCCAAAAUCUCAGCGAACAGCUGAGGAAUUGAACUAUCAAGUCCCUGAGGCUGUGAAUGCCAAAGUGCAGGUGCUUCGCUCUGCUGCUGAUUGGUCUGCUGGCAUUAAGUACCAUGAAGAAUCGAUCCAUUCUGCUUACGUGUGCGUGAUAGAAAACAGCAAGCACUACAUCUAUAUAGAGAACCAGUUUUUUAUUAGCUGCGCCGAUGACAAACUUGUGUCGAACCGAAUUGGUGAUGCCAUUGCACGCAGAAUUCUCAAAGCUUACAGGGAAAACAAACGAUACCGAGUCUACAUAGUGAUCCCCCUGCUGCCUGGUUUUGAAGGUGAUAUUUCAACAGGAGGAGGCAAUGCUCUCCAGGCCAUUAUGCAUUUUAACUACAGGACCAUGUGCAGAGGAGAAAAUUCAAUCUUGGGACAGCUGAAAGCUGAAAUUGGAGACCAAUGGAUUAAUUACAUUUCAUUCUGUGGACUUCGAAAUUAUGCUGAGCUGGAAGGGAAACUCAUUACUGAACUUAUCUAUGUCCACAGUAAGCUGCUGAUUGCUGAUGACAACACGGUCAUUAUAGGCUCUGCAAACAUCAAUGACAGAAGCAUGUUGGGCAAAAGAGACAGUGAAAUGGCUGUCAUUGUGGAGGAUACCGACAUGAUUGCUUCAGUGAUGGAUGGGGAAGACUACAAAGCAGGAAGAUUUGCCCAGUCUCUUCGCCUUCAAUGCUUUAGGGUUGUUCUUGGCAGCUCAAUAGAUCUGAAUGAUAUCCAGGAUCCCAUAAGUGACAAAUUCUUUAAAGAAGUGUGGGUUUCAACAGCAGCACGUAACGCCACUAUUUUUGGGAAGGUUUUCCGAUGUCUUCCUAGCGAUGAAGUCAAUAACUUAACUCACCUGCGGGAUUUCAUCAAUAAACCAAAACUUGCAUGCGAGAAUCCCACUAAAGCAACUGAAGAAUUGAAGAAAAUCCGUGGAUUUCUUGUCCAGUUCCCCUUUCGCUUUCUGGAUGAAGAGAAUUUGCUUCCCUCUGUCGGAACAAAAGAAUCCAUGGUGCCCAUGGAAACGUGGACUUAAAGAGAAGUCAGCUUGAAUUUUUGUUUCUGAGUAAACAAGACGCAGAUCUGGUUUGGCUUCUGUUUUCACAAGAACCUGUUGUCCUAAGAAGGAAAAGCUGCACCAAUCCAAAAGUGCCUUUUGGUGGUAGGGUUUUAGAGAAAAUCACAAUCGACUAGAGGCAGGGUUGGAAAUAGCAGAUCAUUGAUAAAUUAUGUUCUCAGUGAUAGCAGGGCCAUCCAAGCAACCUGAAAAGAGGGAAGAGGGUAAUGGAAGAUACUUUCUCUAAAAGUCUACAAUCAUACGUCAAGACACUUUUCAUAUUCCAUGCAUGCUCACCCUACAUGUUUGAUUAUCUCAAACAAAAUCUACAAAGUCUUCGUUAUGAGUAACUCAGAUAUUUGCUUAUACUAGCCAUCUUUUAUUCUGGACAAAAAUUGGGAAAACCUUGUAACUAAGGUUACUGCUUGUAGAAAUUACCUUUCCAAGCAAAGUGACCUGCAUCUACGGUGUCUACUUUAGAAGAAAUCCACGUGUAACAGUGACAAUGCCUUCACUCUUUUGUGGGCUCUUAGUGUUGUUUAUGUCUUUGGAACUAUGGAACUUGUUAAGAUAGAGUAUUCCUUUAUAAUUCCUUUUUUUAAAUUCUGCGCAUAGGAUAGCAACUACUGAGAAACACUGCACGACGCCCCUUUGGGCUUAACUGUGAUCUUUCUGGAGUAAGUUAUAGAGGUUUUGCAUAGAUGAUUUUUUUUUUUAGUGCUGCAUUUAGCAGGAGAAAUAAUUCGUCCUGCAUGUGUCAUGUUGCAACAGUAUGUGUUGAAGAUUUCUCAAGCAGUACUGGUAUGCCGACCGAUUUGUUUUGUGUCCUUAAUGGCCGAAAAAAGUGUAUUUAUGUAAUGAUUUAGCAAAAAUCUCUUUAUUCUCUUCAAGAGGGACCAAUUAGUUCUUCCCUUCCUGUUCAGAAACACAUGGCCAAAGAAUUCCUUCUUGUAUGCCUACAGUUCAGUGUUCCAAUAUUUGAGGGGCUGCCACAAAGACAAGGGGGUCAACCUAUUUUCCUAAGCACCAGAAGGCAAGACAAGAAACAAUGGAGAGAAACUAAUCAAGGAGAGAAGCAACCUAGACUUAAGGAGAAAUUUCCUGACAGUGAGAACAAUUAACCAGUGGAACGGCUUGCCUUCAGAGGUUGUGGUGUUCCAUCAUUGGAGGCUUUUAAAAGGAGACAACCUCUUGUCUGGAACGGUAUGGGGUCUCCUGCUUGAGCAGCAGGAGCAGCAAACAAUCUAUGAAAUACUAUGUUAGAGGCUACUCAACAUUUUUCAAGGACUGCGACGGUGGGUCAAGUUUUAUUAUUUUUUUCACAGAUGCAAGAGUCUUACAUUACAAUGUAGGUGUGUUUCCUGUCCGCACACAGUAGGGAAUCCAUGCCACUAAUUUGGCAGUUGUGAUUGGAAGGACUGUGAGACCUGCAAAAGAAGAAGGGUAGGAAUCAUAUAUGUUGUUUCAUUAUAGGUUGUUCAGCCCUGUGCUUAUGAGAGUCUUCCCACCAUCACCCCACAAUAGAUGGAUGUAGAGAAAAGAAACAUUCUACUGGACUCUAAAUUCUAGACUUUGAACUAUUCAAUCCCUGGCAUUUCAAGGUCAAUGGGAUUAAGGUCUUUACCAGAAAUCCCAAUGCAGUUUUCUCAAAUCCAAAUCGUCCUUCUGUGUUGGGCUCUGAUUCCCCUCAUCUCCAACCAGCAUGACCAAUCAAAAUAAACAAAACCAAGCUAAAUGAGAUAUAAAUUAUUGUCCUGUUUCCAAGUUCCUGUUUCUUAGAAAGUACAUGAGAACAUAUCUUGUAUUAAAAAGAUAGCAGUGUUUAAGUAAGGAGAGUGGUUUAGAAAUAGGAAACAUGAAUAAAUAAAUAAAAAGUAAACAAAUUAGGCCUGCUUAUCAGAAUUUGAGGUAGGCAGGAAAACCGUAGUAAAACUUCAUCCACUUUCUCCAGAUCCUAACUUGCAAAAAGUUGUCUGAAGCCUUACACUGUGAUAUAAGAGCAAGACCACACAGUUGUACUGUAUAUCCUGACUAAUUUGGGACCAUACAUUAACUUCUGGCAUUAUCUUCCUAUGGGUUAUGGAUAGUCCUCAGUUAACAAUCACUCGCUCAGCAACCCCUUGAAGUUAUGACAAAUGCUGAACAAGUGAUGCUUACAACUGGACCUUGAAGUUCAAGCCAUCGCAACACUCUAGCAGUGACAUGAUUGCCAUCUGGGCACUUGGCAGUCAUCUUGCACUUUUCAAUGGUUGCAACAUCCUACAAUCCUAUGAUCACCAUUUGCAAACUUCCCUGCGAGCAAUCUCAGUGGGGAAACUGGCAGGGAGGAUUUUAAUUCUCCCAGGUAGAUAAUUCACACUCUCCCCUACCCAAUAGCAGGUCACCCCUGGCCCUGCUGCGCUCAUGCAGUGCCUCAUGAGCGAUUUGAGCUUCCUCCCUUGCCCAGAAGCCGGUACCCCUGCGGGGCUUGUACCAUCUCUUGUUGGCUACCCACACAACCUCCUCACCCAGCAGCCUACUUAACUGCCUACUGCUUGAGAACCACCUGGGACCAUUUGCCUAGACAGUAAUCUUGGAUUCAGUCUAAUUGGAUUUUGAUUUCUCCAUCUGGGGAUCUCUCAAAUAUUCUGUGUUUCAUCUUCUAGCAUGAGUGAUAUUUCAGAUCUUGUUGAAUUACAAAGACUAGCAGCAUGGCCAAAGUCUUUGGACUUUGUACGUUUGUCCCAAAUACGAUUACGGCGUAAUGCAACAUGCUUAACUUAUUUAACGUAUUUUUUAUUUUUUACAUAGCACAUGUAAACAUAGAUUUUAAAAGAUUGGAUUUUCGCUAUGUGUUUAAGCAACAAAAAAUAUUUAACUAAGAUUAAAUCUGGCCCAAGCUUAGCAUGCUGUGUGAAUGAAACCAGCCUUUAAUUUAACUAGUUAGGUAUAUCUUGUAAAAAGCCCAUGAAUUAUUUCUGGUCUAGACUGCGUUUGUUUCAUCUUCUAGCAUGGAUGAUAUUUCAGGUCUUGCUAUCUACAACUGCUAGCAGCAUGGUCAAGAUGCUGGGAGUUGUAGUUUGUCCUCAAUACUCUGGAGAGUGUUUACAUUGUAUUCCUUGGCUUUUAAAAGUCUGUGACAAGGGUUUUAUAGUCUCUCCCAUAAAGCAUAACUGGCCCUUCCAUGUUCAGUUUAAGACCUUUUGGCCACAUUGCAGAAGCAAUUUAAUAAGGCGUAGAACAGUGCACAGCAAAUGGGAAUCAAUAUUUGUCAUGGGCAAACCAACUGCCCAGCUUAGUUGUUAGCAUGCUUGGUGCUUCAUGCUCUUAAUUAGUAAUAAGGAUGGAAAUCAUAAUCAUUGUUUAAAACGAGAGAUUAUAUUGUGCUUUCAAUAAUUCUUGCAGCACAAGAAGUCUAAAUAAUUAUAACACUAUAGUCUUUUGUACAUUGUUCAUUAAAUGUAUACCCUACCUUUUCUUAAGUAGCUCAAGAUAACAUACAUAACACUUCUGCAAUUUUUUCUUUAGAGUAACCAUCACGAGGGACUGGCCCGAAGUCACCCAAUGACCUAAGGUGGAUUUAAAUCUGGAUCUCCCUGAUCCUUAUCCAAUCUUUUCAUCGCUAUGCCAUAUGAUUACUCAGAAAGUUUGUUUCAAGUCUUUCCAUUAUUGCUAUUUGCAAUAAACAUUGGGGAUCACCUAUCCUGUCCCCUUAUUAGAAAAUCUGGAAGAAGCACAUCUAACUGAUGUGCAGCAUUUCAGUUAGAAUUUCACUUUAGUACUUUUUGUACAUGAAAUGCACUUUAUAGAUCAGGCAUGGGAAACUGACCUAUUGCAAAUGUUGUAGGGUUCCAACCAUCAUCAGCCCCUUGCAACAUUGAUAAGGUUGGCAGAAACUGUUUAGCAACAUCUGUUUAACAACAUCUGGCUACAAGUUCUCCAGUUGCAGAAAUGACAGGCACGAUAUGUGUACCCGCCUUGGAGUCCUGAUUGAAUGGAAGAAAACUUGGGGCUUUGUAUGUUUUGUCCCAAAAAUGAUUGGUUUGACGCAACAUGCUUAACUUAUUUAACUUAUUUUUUAUUUGCAGAGCACUUGAAAUCAUAGAUUAAUUAAAGAGGCUGUAUUUUCACUAUGUGUUAAACCACAGGAAAAAAUGUCUAUGGAGAUUCUCAAUCAUCCAGGUCAUGGUUGUCCCAAAGGUGCUUUUUCAAGAGGUAACUAAACUUUCUGGUUUUUCUUUGAAGACGUUUUGCUUCUCAUCCAAAAAGCUUUUUCAGCUCAGAGAGCUGAAGAAACUUCUUGGAUGAGAAGCGAAACAUCUUCAAAGAAAAAACAGUCAAGUUGCCUCUCGAAAAAGCACCUUGGUGACACAUAUUUUUUAAAAAAACUAAGAUUAAAGCUUCCCAAGCUUAGCAUGCUGUGUGAAUGGAACCAAUUUUUAAUUUAACUGGUUAGGUAUGUCUUGUAAAAAGCCCAUGAAUUAUUUCUGGUCUAGAUUGUGUUUGUUUUAUCAUGCUUCCAAGUACUCUGUUAGAACUGCUUAUUUUGUUAUUUUGAGAAUGACUGGCAAAUCAUUGUGUCAGAAGAAUAUCAACAAAUAUGCAUGCUUUAAAUGUUCACUACAUGAAAUACAGAUGAUCUAAAGCUGGUUUUUCAAAUGUGUAAAUGAUCUGGAUAUAAUCAUGGGUAGUAUUUAACAAGUGGAAAAUGAACAGAGUAUCGUUGACCAUCCAUACAUUAGGAAGGUUAUCACUUUGUUACAGUGGGAAAAAUGUCUUGCAUUUUUAGAAUAAUUCUAAUCAUACACUUCUGCACAUAAAUUAACACAUUGCACAUUGUACAAAACUGGAUCCUUUCACACACACACACACACACACAAAUCUUUUUAAGCUGUAUUUUCUAAUUCUUUUAUAUUAUCAGGUCCAGGAAAUUAUCAGAUCAAUUGGUUCCUUCAUUAAAGUCCAUCGUCUUCACUCUUGUAUAUACAAGGCCUGCAAGAAACAUGUACCAAAAUUACAUAAACCGUAAUAUGGCUGGUAUUAAUAAUGGGCUUUUUUGCUAUGCUUUUUGCUACUAUUCCUCCAGUAAUAGUCUUUUGCUGUGGGGACCACCAGAACUGUCCUGACUCCAUCCUUUAGGAAUGCUAAAUUGACAAGAGAAAAUAUGACUCUGACAAGUCAAUUUUCUUUUAGGCGCCAACCUCUGUUAAAAGAUCCAUUCUAGUUAGGACAAUACAAUCCUUAUGGUACAUAACAUGAAACCAAUACAGCUAAAAUAUAUCUUCCAGAGCAUCCUUCCUGUUCACUCAAGUUAUCAUAAGAGCUUCAUCUUGUCACAAUAUUGUUCAAAAUGUGUUAGAUUGUAUUAUGUCGGUCGCAGUUUAGAACCUUCUCAGCUAUGGCAUCAAUUUUAUUCAACUUUACCCAGUAAGGCUCACUUGACUUUCAUAUUCUGCAUUCAAAUGAGGAAAUGUGUGUUUUUGACAGGAGUCAUAUUUUGAGCCUCUUUUUAUAGUUUAAAUUGGCUGAUGGUAUAUGCUGAUUCAUGUGCUGGUCUGUAUCAUUUAGUGUUAAGGUCUUGUUUUUAAUUGCUGAGUGCUUGUGGCAUUGGAAAAUCCAUAUAUGUAGAUGCGAUCAGGAACUAGGAAUGAAGGGAUAUACUGGGAUGAAACAGAGUUGUACUUUGUUCACAUUUCUACUGAUGUUAAAACUUCUAAGACCAUCAAACAAGAUUAUCCCAGUUGCUGUAAUUGCUGAGACUUUAUUGCCUGAUGAAUCAGGAACACGCGAAGUUGAAGGACAAAACUCAGUAUUGAUUGAAAUAAUCCUGCAACCAAAACAGAGCCUGAAUGAAAGUCAGAAACUACUGGAAUUUAAGCGUUGGUUUUUUUCUUUCUUUUCUGUUUGACCUUUUAAGAAGAGAAGAAAAAAAGUUAUUUCUCUCUCUCUCUCUCUCAGUUGUCACUAAGUCCUUUAUUUUCUCUGUAUUGCAUUUUCCUAAAAUAGAUGUAGACGCUGGGAAUAAUUGUAAUUUAUUUGUCUACAUCCUUGACACUGAGAUAAUGGGAGAAAAAAACAACAUUAGCUUUUUAAUUGGCCAGUCAAGCUGCUGUCACAUCAAUGGAGUGUUAUCUAGGUGGCAAAAAAGCUUGUAGUUUUACAUCUUCAGAAGGGUUGGAACAAUUUUAUGUAUUUGUGCAACACUGUGAAUAUUACCUUCUGUGAAGGAUACAUAAUUAUCUUUUUUUUUUUUAAAUUGCUAGCCUCGCUAACGUCUGCUUUCACUAUUUUUUCUCCUUUUUUCUGUAACUGGGAAUACUUACAUGUUUAUCAACUGAAAAACGGAACUUGAAUAUAAAAUAUUGGGCCCAUUG